AUGCUACUUAAAAAUGAAAUUGUACCUGCCCUGAAAAACAAAUUUGGAGCCAAUUUUAAUGAGAUAUCAUUUAUUUACAUCAGAGAUUUCCCGAACGAUGGAUUGAUAUUGGUUCCUCUACUGUCAAAUCCGCAAAACCACGUAGGAUGGCCAGCUGUAAUAGCUAAGGAUGUCCACAAGCACGUUCAUAGUUUAAAAAGCACGGUUUAUCAAGUAAAAGGACAAGUUAAUGGUCAAACAGUUCUACCAAUGCCUGUUGGAGUCGAUAGAGUAUUUGAAGUUGAAAAACUUCUUAUAGAAAGUAACGGCGAAAUUUGCGACUUAUAUCUAAAAAGUGCUAUAGAAGGAGUUGUAAUUAAAUGGUCUGCUCAAAUCAAUGAUGUGUUGGCAAAUGAUUCUUCCGAAAAAUGCCCUUCUGUCGUUAAUCCUGUACCCACAGUAGAAUUACAAUUUUGGAAUAAACGACUAAAAAAUCUCGAAUAUAUCUAUCAACAGCUUAGAGAACCUAAAGUAAAAAGUAUGGCUGUAAUACUUGAAAAAACAAACAGUGCUUACUUUAGCUGUUUUAAACUAUUAUUCAAGAAUACCGUCAUUGCUCUUUCUGAAGCUAAAGAUAUGAAUCUUUAUUUGACACCUCUAAAAAAGCACGUGCAGUCAAUUGAAGAAACAGAUUUUAGUGAAAACAUUCCAUUGCUGGCGCCAAUGGUUCACGUUAUUUGUCUAAUUUGGUCCAACUGCAAGUCAAUUGAUCAGACAAAGUUGAUAACGCUAUUAAAACAAAUCUGCAAUUUGCUUAUACAAGAGGUAAGUCAAACAAAUAGGUCAUAA